GUACCUACUUAUUUAAUAUUAUAUUGAUAUCGUUAAAUGCCAUUGCAAUCAUCGCCAACAACGAAGUUCCUAUACAUAUAUUAUAUAAUAUUAUUAGCUUUGAUACACCGAUUUACGUCGUCGUUGUAUAGGCUUAAUUAAACUAUUAUAAUAAAAAUAUAAUAACAAUAUUCAUGUAUAAAAGCUAGGUAUAGAGCCUGUUUUACGGAGGAAAAAGAAAAUGAAAAACGUCAUAGUGAAUUUAAUAUUAUUAUAAUAUUGAACGACUGUUCGGGUUAUUUUAUAACAUUGUUAAAUAUUGUUUUAUGUUGUUAUUGGCCCUAUGAAUAUACCAAAUAUUAUAGUAAUAUUUGUUUAAUCGUCCCAGGAAACACAUAAGGCAAAGUAUAAUAGAAAAAAAAUGUAAUAAGACGCUUAUACAAGCGACCAUAAGUACUACGCCCGCUGAUCAACAUUAAUAAGCAAGCACCAUCGCGGAGACACUCAAAUUAUAUUUCUAUGUACUUAUGCAUGCCUGUUAUUACAAAUUAAACUUAAAUUCGCGUAUUAUUAUAUCUUAAUAUAUUAUACUAUAAAGUUGUAUGUCAGCCAUAAACACAUAUUUAUAUAGAUAUCUACUUAAACUGCAUAGUGAUGAUGAUGUUAAUAAUAAUAAUGGUAGCGUUUGCCUUACCUAUACUACCUGUACUCAUAAUAUACAAUUACUACGGCGGUACACCAUGCAGGUUUUCGAUACAUAAAACGAUCGGAGUGAUGGUGGGAGAGCAGUGAAAAUAACGAAUACGUAGUCCGAUGACGGUCUGGCGGUCGCAGAACGAUACCGACAGAAGUGGCAGAACCGUACGGACGGAAAGUCGAACGACAGAUUGACGAGUUCAAUCGCGCUCGCGUGUGUGUGUAAUAGAAUUAAUAAUAAUAUUAAUAAAAUAUUAACACAUUUAUAUUAUAUUAUAUUAUAUUAAUUUUAUCUCUUUUGUGUUUGUCGUUUAUUGCAUGGAUACGUGUUUAAGUGUUAUUUAAUAAUAAUAAUAAUAUAUAUUUUUUACUGAAAAAAAUCCGUUUAUCGAUCUUCUCGUUUUAGUGAUAUUUCUCUGGUAAUCUAUUCACACAUUAUUGGUUGUCACAGAACUGCAUAACUUGGUUACACAAUAAUUAAAUGAUAUGUGAUUAUAAUAUUAAUAAUAAUAAUUGUAAUAAUAUGUGACGAUGAGUGUCCGUGGUGUUUGACGGAUACGCGAUCUACGUGAGGAUUUACGCUAUUUAAAAUUAUGACCGUUUCGUACUCGCGUCUCGUAGCUAACGGAAGUAGUUUUGGAUGUUUUGGCAGUAUACUUUGCAAAUGGCGAGGAAGUGUCUACAAGCUUGUAUGGAGGGAAUUAGCAGCCUAUUUAAUGGUUUAUUUUGCUUUAAAUUUAGCAUACAGGUUUGCAUUCACCGAAGCCCAGCAAAAAUUAUUUAUAAAAAUCCGGUGUUACUUAGCUGGUCAUUCUGCGAGUGUCCCGUUAACAUUUGCUAUGAGCUUCUAUGUCGGUUUGGUGGUAAAACGAUGGUGGGAACAGUAUAGGUUAUUACCUUGGCCCGACACGUUAGCUCUUUUUGCAAGUGCGGCGAUACCGGGGACGACAGAUGAGAGAGGGCGGUUAAUGAGGAGGAACAUAGUAAGGUAUGCGGUACUGGCAUAUGUUAUCACUUUGAAGCAAGUGAGCAUAAGGGUGAAAAAACGAUUUCCCACAUUACAACACAUCGUCGAUGCCGGAAUCAUGUUGGAGAGCGAAAAAAAAAUCGUGGAAAUGAUGGACGAGAGAAGCCCUGGAAUGUCCAAGUAUUGGAUGCCAUUGGUGUGGGCCACCAACAUCAUAAACCGGGCUCGCAAGGAGUCGCUCAUAUCCAGCGACCAGGUGGUUCAGACGCUUCUCGUUGAGCUGUCGGACAUCAGGCGCCGACUGGGUUCUCUGAUCAGCUAUGACACCGUUUGCGUGCCGCUCGUCUACACACAGGUGGUAACAUUGUCAUUGUACGCUUAUUUUGGCGCUCAGCUUAUUGGAGCUCAAAUGGUAGAACCUCCACCAGAUUGGGGUUUCAAAGAUUUUAAAGAGUUCGAUCUAUACGUUCCGAUCCUGACGAUUAUCGAGUUUUGUUUCUUCGUUGGAUGGCUGAAAGUGGCGGAAGUUCUCAUAGGACCUUUCGGUGAAGACGACGACGACAUCGAGCUCAACUGGUUAAUCGACCGUCACAUAAAGGCGGCAUACAUGAUCGUAGACGAAAUGCACGAAGAACACCCGGAACUACUAAAAGACCAGUACUGGGACGAGGUAGUGCCCAAAGACCUGCCGUACACGGUGGCAUCGGAACACUAUAGGCGCGAGGAGCCCAAGGGGUCAGCUGAUUGCUAUAAGGUCAAGGAAUCGGAUUCGUUGUAUGCGAAUAUGGCACCGAUGCAUCACAUGCACAGGAAGACAGCGGUGCCCGAGGACGUGUACGCAGACUACGAGAGCGUUGACACGCCAAUGGCCGAACGUCGAAAAAAUUGGUUCCAGAGGCAAAUACAUCGGGUAGGAUCGAUUAGAUCAUCGUCGACAACUUAUUCAUCUGGUGGUCUAUUCAAUCGAACCAGGCAUAAUUCGGUGUACUCGAGCCCGGAAAACGGCUUACCCGUAUCAGCAGGCAUAAAUGGUCACAGUCACAUCAACAGCAUUAACGGGAGUACACCACAUUUACAAAAGAUAACACUGUACGACCGAUUGUGGGGUAGGAAAUCUAUGAAAAGUCGACGAGGUAGUACCCAAGGUUCGAACAAGAUUAAUGGGCAAAUAAAUGCUAGAGGAAGGCCUAGAAUUCCGACACCAGAUGUGCAAAAGGACGGUACCAUCGAUAAGGACAACAAACAGAAUAUGUCCGUCAACGGUUCUACUCAGCCAGGAACAUAUCCGUCAGAUUUGCCCGCAGUUGUACAGGUGGUGUUGUCGCCAAUCCAAGAAAUGGACCCCAACCUGUCGGGCACGCUGCACAACCAGCGCCGAAUCGCCGGCGGCGUGGGCGUCUGUCAGGGCGUGCUGAAUCCAGCGUUCACCGGCACCGCCGUGUACACCACCAUGUCGGUCAGCCCGAUCGCCAUGUCCACGGUAUCCAUGAGCCAGCCGCUGCUGUCGUCGUUGGGCAUCACCGCGACGUCGGCGGCGACCACGCCAACCGCGCAGCCGUUGCUCAUCACCGACGUCACCGCGUCCACGGUGGCCUCUGCGCACCACUCGGACAAGGACGACAGCGCGUGCGGCGGAAGUUCCAGCGGCAGCGUGUCUAGCACGGACGACCGGAAGACGCCAGCGGCCAACAGGCGCAAGAGGGGCGAGGUGUACGUGUAGACCUGCCGUUCCGUUUUAAUUAUAAUUAUAUAAUUCAUAAUAUUAUAAAUUAUUAUAAUACACAAUUAUAGAUUUUAUUUUUGUUAUACGUGCGUGGGGUUGACGGUGUUUUGUUGUUGUUGUUGUUUCCGAAACCGCGACGACUGCGCGCACGUAAAGACUGCUGAUGGGUUGUGGAUGGAGGAUGGACGUGUAUUAAGAAAUGUAAUAAUUUAACAAAAUAGUUUACUUUAAUGAUUAGAAGGGACGUAUACCUAAUACCCGUCGCUUGUCUUAAAUUUUCCUACGAUCCCCUGCAGAUUAUAUUUUAUAGUAAAAACACACACAUCGACAGGGUUUUUCCAAAAGGGUGGCGCCAAACUUUCACUUCUGAAAUAAGCAAAGCGAAAUAAAAUUGAGCUUUAUGGAAAAAAAAAUCUUCGAUUCCUAGCCAUUUCCCUGUACGUCGAGAACAAAUUCGAAAAAUAACAUAUAGAGUACAAUAUUACCGUGUAAAUACUUAAAUUGACUCUGUUUUUCGAUAAAUCAGUUUGUGUGUGUUUUUUAUGGAUACGACGACAACCGUACUUGUAUAGUCUGUUAAGUACCCUCAUCAUACUAUCUAUCGGUUAGGUUUUCGAUAUUGUUUUGAAUCCUGACCGAUUAAUUUAAUAUUUAUAAACGAAUAAUGUGCAGCGUGUCAUAGCGAUAACAUUUUUUUCAAAAAAUCUUUGUUACCCGCGGUAUACGUCAUGCAUAAUAUCUCUUCCGAUAUUACAUUUUUUUUAUCACGCAUUCGACAAUUUACCAUGUACUAAACAUAAUUUUCGGUGUGUACCAUUCCAAAUGAAAAGACUGUUGACAAUAAGUGUACAUCGCGUGGUA